AUGAUUGUACAUGUUCAUAUAAAAGAUCAAAUCUUUCCUAUACAGUGUGGAACUGGCUGCCAAAGGCUGCAGUGGCUGGGAGAUGUAGGAGUUUUCCGAUAUGAGCAUUUUUUUAACGUGUCUACAGGGGUCUGUAAAGCCCUUGAACUGGAGGAUGGAACUGCUUUAGAUGUAGGCAGCAUUAUAUCUGAUACAAUUCCAGAAAAUUCUCAUGUGUGGGUUGUUCUUCAAGAAGACGAAAUUGCGAAGAAGCGAGAAGAGCUAGAUGAUACCUCAUCGAAAGUGUCAUCUGUACAUGAGCCUUCUCUUUUAAGGCCAAGAAAUCAGCAAACAGCCAAAAGGAAGUAA